AUGGAGAAAUGCCAGGAGAAGCAAAGAGUGCUGCAUAUGGUCUUUAUCGACUUAGAGAAAGCUUAUGACCGAGUGCCACGUCAAGAAGUCUGGAGAGGGUUACGAGAGCGAGAAGUACAAGAAAACUAUGUAAGAAUGAUCCAGGAGUGCUACAAGGACGUGGCAACGAGAGUUAAAGAGCACAAAAGCAGAGGAAUGAGAAUAAGCAGGUCCAAGACAGAAUAUUUCACCACUGAUAUAGAUGGCGACCAACUAGCCACAAUAAAGCUAGGUGGAGAGAAACUGAAAAGAGUUCGAACCUUUAAAUAUCUAGGUUCAUUGGUGGAAGAAACUGCCGGAAUGGACAAGGAAAUUAAUUUCAGAAUACAAAGUGGAUGGAAUAAUUGGAGAAAAGUAUCAGGAGUGUUGAGCGAUAGGAGAGUCCCAAUUAGACUCAAAGGUAAAGUGCAUAAGGCCGUAGUUAGACCAGCCUUAACUUACGGCCUAGAAGCAGCACCACUGAAGAAAGGAUUCCGAGCGCCCCCUGUCGCGCGGACGAGGAGACUGGGACCUGGAGAUGCCCCUGGGACCGGCCGCUCCAACGCCCUUGAAGUGGAGGAAAAACUUGUCAAGUCCGAGCUUCUGGAACGCAAAGUAAUGAAGAUACAUCGUCUCCAAAAUCAGAACACUGAAGCCUUAACAAGUCAUGCCAGACCCUGUGAUCAUCGCUCGCCUGCGUUUGGCAAUUCUGGAGGCUUAGUCAUGCGUUAUGCAGCUCUUGUCAUGAAUUCGCAAUCAUGA